GUCGCCUUCCAGGGCGAGCACGGCGCCUACUCCGAGGAGGCGUGCUUCCAGCAUUUCGGCGACACGGUGACGACGCUGCCGUGCGCGUCGUUCGAGGAGCUCUUCGCGGCCGUAGAAAGCGGCGAGGCGGCGUACGGCGUGCUGCCCAUGGAGAACUCGCAGGCCGGGUCCAUCAACAAGGCCUACGACCUGCUCAUGGACUUCGACCUGCGCGUCCACGGCGAGACGAUCCUCCGCGUGCAGCACUCGCUGCUCGCGCUGCCGCGGGGCCCGGACGACCCGCCGGCGGUCCGCGUCCGGAGCCACCCGCAGGCGCUGGCGCAGUGCGAGCGCUACAUCAGCGCCAACGGCCUCACCAUCGAGGCGGGCUCCGACACGGCGGGCAGCGCCAAGGAGAUCGCGGCCGACGGCGAGCUCGAGGUCGCGGCGAUCUGCUCCAAGUUCGCGGCCGCGCGCUACGGCCUCGAGGUGCUGGCCCUGGGCAUCGAGGACUACAAGUUCAACUUCACGCGCUUCUUCAUCCUCGCCAAGGGCGACGCGUCGCCGCCCCUCACGAUCCCCAAGACGUCCGUCAUCUUCGCCGUCGGCGACAAGCCCGGCGCGCUCUGCGCGGCGCUCGAGGAGUUCUCCAAGCGCAACGUCAACCUCGUCAAGCUCGAGUCGCGGCCGCGCCGCCGCACGGCCAUGCCGGGCUUCAACUACAUCUUCUACCUCGACUUCGAGGGCCACCACACCGACGAGCCCUGCCGCGACGCGAUCGUCGGCCUCCUCUCGAGCUGCGCCUUCGUCAAGCUCCUCGGCUCCUAC